GAAAAUCUUAAUAAAAUUAACCCAAUUCUAGAAGAUGAAAAUUUUAAUAGCAGACUUAUUCUCGCCAGCAGGAAUCAACACCUUAGAAGAACAGAAGCACGAGGUCAUUUACGACAAGAGCCUCUCUGGAGAUAAAUUAAAUGAAGCUCUUAGCACUCAUCAACCAGAUGUCUUGAUUGUAAGAUCCACCAAAGUUCCAGCUGAAGCUAUUGACUCUAAUGCAAACCUGGCUGUAAUUAUUAGAGCAGGAGCUGGUUAUGAUACUAUUGAUGUAGCCCAUGCAUCCACUAAGGGAGUUUAUGUAGCAAACUGUCCAGGAAAGAAUGCUACUGCGGUAGCUGAGCUUACAAUGGGUCUAAUCAUCAGCAUUGAUAGGAGACUUGGAGAAAACUACAAACUACAGAAAGAAGGAAAAUGGAGAAAGGGAAUGUUUACUAAAUGCCUUGGCCUUAAGGGCAGAACCCUUGGACUCAUUGGUUUUGGAAACAUUGCUCAAAGAGUCGCUUCCAGAGCACUUGCUUUCGAGAUGAACGUCCUUACCUUCAACAGAUCUGGCAAAACCAUCGAAGGGGUCACCGCAGUUGGCACAAUUGAUGAACUUUUGACACAAUGUGACAUUGUUUCUCUUCAUGUGCCAAACAACAAGGACACUAAAGGAAUGGUCAACAAGGAGUUCUUAGAGAAAAUGAAAGCUGACGGAGUCUUGAUCAACACUGCAAGAGGUGCAGCUGUAGUUGAAGAGGAUCUCGUUGCCCACCUUGAGUCUCAUGAAAAAUUUUGGUUUGGAACAGAUGUUCUUCAAGGAGAACCAUCUGAGAAAGAAUGUGACUGGGAACAUCCUUUGGGAAUGCACCCAAGAGUCUAUGGAUCUCAUCACAUUGGUGCUUCAACCAUUCAGUCAGAGAAUGAGAUUGGACAAGAAGCAGUCAGAAUCUGCGAAGUUUUCGCAUCCACUGGGUCUGUAGACAAUGAAAACUGGGUAAACAGGGAGAAAUCCUCCUCCAAACAGACAAUUGUUGUAAAAGCUAAAAGAACUCCUGAAGUAUAUGGUGAUGUUUUCUCAGUGAUAGCUAAGCAUGGAUGGACAAUUGGAGAAAGUGAGGCUCUUUUAUGUGAAGGAGGAGCUGCUCUAAUCCUCAAAAUUGGUGGAGAAGGUCCUGAAGACGUCGCUGCUAAACUUUUGGACCAUGAAUCUGUGCUAUCUGCAUCUGUAUCUUAAC